UUUGUCCACGCGCGUCGGCGGCCGUCGUGCCUUCUCCUCCCAGCGAGGCGGCGCGAUGCCCCAUCCCCAGCGGAUCACGACGGGGGCAGCGGGCAACCGAAACGUGGGGUCCGCCGAUCUGGCCUCGCGACAGGCCCCCGCCACCACGCUCGUGGCGCGCGCUCCGUCCGGAGCCCGAAUUCAACCUGCAGCCUAUAUUCAGAGGAGGGGCGAUGCUUGACGGGGCGGCCCGAGGAGGAUACGGAAAACAGGGAAAGCGGAGGAGAGAGGGCUUGCAGACUGGCAGGAGCAGAGCUCGCUGCACAGCGGGGCGAUGGACGCGUGCGCGCGGAGCGGGCACUGCCGCGCAGAGGGAGCCAGAGGUCUUGACGCAAGGCACACCGGGAGGACAAGGAGGAGGUUGAGAUGGAGGACGAAGAGGGCAGGAGGAGGAGGAGGAGGAGGAGGAGGAGGAGGAACGCGGACAACAAUGGGGCCGGGAGGAAAGGAACGGCAUCGGGCGCAGGCACCAGCCCUGCACGACCAGCCAAUUUGCAAUCUGUGUCGGGGCCAGGAGGAUCCAGUGACCUCGCUGCACUGUGAAAAAUCACGCUCUAGGCGCGCUCAGCCUUGCCAAAACCCGCCUGCCCAUGAGCUGGCUCGGCCUAUGGCUGAGCUGCCUCGCCCACGGCAAUACAUCGCUGCCUGAACUGCAUUGCAUACGGUCGCGGUCAGGAAGGAGCCUGGCGCUGGUGUCCAUAGUUUUCGAC